GUAGACAACCGAAAUGGGGCAAAACAAAGAUGCAUGUAAUUUUUCCUGUUUGGGGAAACCGUAACAUUCAUUGAGCGGAAAGAUAGUAGAAAUAAUUUUAUUUAAUUCUUUAUCCCCCCUCCCCUUUCUUUUCUUCUCUUUUUUUCUUUUUCUUUUUUGAAUGGGAGUGCUAUUUGCAGGCUGAACAGUGUAACCGGAUACCUUCCGCUGCUGCUGUGCAGUGUGUGUGUGUGUGUGUGUGUGUGUGUGUGUGUGUGUGUGUGUGUGUGUGUGUGUGUGUGUGUGUGGUGGUCAUGGUGUUAAUGAUGGAAUCGCAAUGCGAGUACUUUAUGUAUUUCCCCGCUGUCCCCAUCUCAGACCUGUCGGACCCGGCCAGAUAUCGCACACUUCCGCGUCGCAGUCACCUCUAUCUCGGGGAAACCGUGCGCUUUCUCCUGGUCUUGCGCUCUCAGAGCGUCGCCUCCGGGUCAGGUUCGUCCAGCGGCACUGCGGCGGCUGCUGAUGGCAGCAGCGGAUCGGAGCAUCACAACAGCCGCUCUUGGAGAGAGCUGGCCGGCUCUCUUUGCGCCGUGGCCAGCGUUUGCCCCGGCGACAGCAGACAGCGAGCGCAUCCUCUGUAUCACGACUACCACAGCAGCGGGGACGAGUGCGUGGAGGACACGGACGAUGAUGAUGCUGCGGAGGUGGGCUUCGCAGGUAGAGGGGGCCCGAGGUCCCGGGGCUUCAGGGAAUGCAAGCCGCUACUCAUUCACAACAACCCGGGCAACGGCGUGAGGGAAUUCCGCAAGGCUCCUGUGCAGUCUCCUGUGGAUGAGCCAGUUGUUUUAAACGACGAGGUCAUCUUUCCUCUGACUGUGUCCCUGGAUAAACUCCCUGUCAACACUCUCAAAGUGAAGAUUGUAUUUUGUACCUCGAUGCAGAUAAUAGUGACUGUGUGGAAGCAAGAAGAGGAGAAAGCUGAGAUCCAAGAAUAUGGCUACCUCAGCAUUCUCCAACAGAAGAGCCCCUGCCAAACUUUCCGCCAGGACCAAAACACCUUCAAAGCCCAGGUCAGCACCACUCUUAAUGUCCUGCCCCCACCCACAGUGAAGUGUCAGCAAAUGACUGUUUCAGGGAGACACUUAACUGUCCUGAAAGUGUUAAAUGGGAGUUCUCAAGAGGAAGUGUGUGUGCGUGAUGUCAGAAUCCUCCCCAACUUCAAUGCCUCAUACUUACCAAUGAUGCCAGAUGGCUCAGUGCUGCUGGUUGACAAUGUUUGUCAUCAGUCAGGAGAGGUUGCCAUGGCAUCAUUUUAUAGGAUGGACAGUGAAUCUAGCCAUCUUCCCAGCAUGCUCAGUGCUCUAGAGGAGCAGAACUUUCUCUUUCAAUUGCAGCUCAGUAACCAGCCACAAGAUGAUUCCAAUGAGGGACUGGAGGUGCCAUUGGUUGCAGUCUUACAGUGGUCCACUCCUAAACUGCCCUUCACCAAUUCUAUUUACACUCACUAUAGUCUCCCCAGCAUAAGACUGGACCGGCCACGCUUCGUCAUGACUGCCAGCUGUCCCAGUGCCGUCAAGGCCCGCGAGCAUUUCCGGGUGCAAUAUACUCUCCUCAACAACUUGCAGGACUUCCUGGCUGUCCGACUAGUCUGGACACCUGAAGGUCGUGGGCAGAAAGAGGACCCUGCAGUAAAUGCAGUGGUGUGUCAUUCUCCUCUCAGCAACCUAGGAUACUGUCGGAAAGGCAGUACCCUCUCUGUCAGUGUGGCUUUCCAGAUACUCCGAGCAGGACUCUUUGAGUUGAGUCAGCACAUGAAGCUGAAGCUACAGUUCACAGCAUCUGUGUCCAAUCCUCCUCCUGAUGCCCGUCCUUUGUCUCGCAAGAACAGUCCUUCCAGCCCAGCAGUCAGAGACAUUCUGGACAGACAUCAGGCCAGUCUUAGUCUGGGCCGCUCUCAGUCCUUCUCACACCAGCAACCGUCCAAAUUCCACCUCACGAGGACAGGCAGUGUUAUGGAGCGCAGGGCCAUCACCCCUCCAGUGGGCUCUCCUGUUGGUCGGCCCCUGUAUCUCCCUCCAGACCGGAACAUUCUUUCGCUCGACAAAAUUGCCAAGCGUGAGUGCAAGGUGCUCGUAUUGGAUUCGCACACCUAAAUACACACAGGGAGAGGAGGUGGGAUAUUCUUGAACUUGGGAACAGAUUCAUGAAAAUGUCUUGAAGUGUAUAUUUGAAAAGUGAAAAAUAUCAUUGGUCUUUUAAUUUCAAUUCAUUUUGUUCUUAUUUUGUUGCGUUUUUACCUGCAUUUAUUGUUUACACGCUGAACUGUAUGGUUCUUUUAAAUCAUUUAAAUGUGCAGCUACUGUUUUUGACAAUUUUUCUGACAUUCUGAUGGAAAGAAUGAAAAACG